ACCUCAUAACAACUCCUCAAUUUGCUUCAUCCGCUCCAUUUGCACAGCAUUCCGCGUCCUGUCUUGGGAUUCGUCUGCUCUCCCGCAAUCUCGAAGGCUCUUCUUUGCGAAAACUGACCAAGUCUAGACAGCUCGUUGCGCUACCAAAACGCAGCCACUUGCUCGCCCCACCAACUUGGAGAAGCGCUGCUUCGUCUUAUAUCACAGGUCCAGCAUCUUGCAUGACACCAUACACCUACACGACUGCGGACUCCCAAGAAGAAAAGGAAAAAAACGGAAACCGCUCUUGGGAAUCAUUAGCUUGAGUCUUUUUUGGAGCUCUUUCAACCUUUCGUCUCUUUCUUUUCUCGAUAGACCCGAGUCUAUCAGCAGACACGAUGGCCACCCUCGUGUCAACCCCACUCAAGUCCCACAAGGGCCUCUUCUCGUCCCGCACCGCCGGCGGCCGGAUGCCUCUGACGCCUUCCCCUCGUCAACGCAACACGUCCAAUGUCGACGUCAACUCUUCGCCCUUCACCCCUGAGAGGCGCCCAUCCGGUCUGGACGCUGCCCGACCUGCAGGCAAGUCGGUCUAUGGAGGAAACUUGGCUGGCCACUUUGCCAAGGCCUCUCGGUCCACUGCUACCCACCGGGACUCUCCAAAGUCCAACAUUGCCCGCGGUGUCUCCACCCCCCGCAGAGCCCUGGAGCUUGGCGUAUCCGACUACGCGCUCGUCGGCACCGGAAUUGCAAAGACGCCCUCUAGUGCCAAGUCCAAGAAGGGUUCGCUGAGACUAAAGGCCCAGAAGACGACUCUCACCUACGCCGCCGACCGCUUCAUCCCCAACCGGAGCAACAGCUCUGCCAUCGUCAAUGCUGGGUCUGGCAAGCUCGACAUCCAAGACAAGUCGCGGCCAAAGACUAGCGCAGGCGAGGCCUCGAAUGUCUUGUCAACCGCCACUGACGAGGCCAUUGCCGCCCUCGAGGGGCUCAACAUUGAUGACGACGAGUCCAGCUCGUACUCGCGGCCUUCGCCCAACACUGUCGCCUACCAGGACUCUCUCGCUAAUGCAUGUGGGGUGAACCUCGGAACUCGUAUCCUUCAGUUCAAGCCCGCUCCCCCAGAGUCAUCCAAGCCCAUCGAUCUCCGCCAGCAAUACAACAGACCCCUGAAGGCAGCGACCACGAACUCCGCCCAGUUCAGACGCCGCAUCGCUACAGCCCCAGAGCGUGUGCUCGACGCGCCUGGCCUGAUCGAUGACUACUACCUCAACCUGCUGGACUGGAGCUCCGGCAACCAGGUUGCCAUUGGCCUCGAGCGCAACGUCUAUGUCUGGUCUGCCGACGAGGGCAGCGUAAGCUGCUUGAUGGAAACCGCUGCCGACACCUACGUUAGUAGCGUCAAGUGGUCUGGCGAUGGUGCAUACGUCGGCGUUGGUCUCGGCACGGGCGAGGUUCAGAUCUGGGAUGUGGCGGAGGGCCAGAAGAUCCGCAGCAUGUUCGGCCACGACACCCGCGUUGGCGUCAUGGGCUGGAACAAGCACCUGCUGUCUACUGGUGCGCGGAGUGGUCUUGUCUACAACCACGAUGUCCGCAUCGCUGAGCACAAGGUUGCCGAGCUUGUUUCCCACACCUCCGAGGUCUGUGGCCUCGAGUGGCGCUCCGAUGGUGCCCAGCUCGCUACUGGUGGCAACGACAACCUCGUCUCCAUCUGGGACGCCCGUUCCCUUGCUGUGCCCAAGUUCACCAAGACGAACCACAAGGCUGCCGUCAAGGCGCUCGCUUGGUGCCCGUGGAACAUGAACCUCCUGGCGACUGGAGGUGGCUCGUACGACCGCCACAUCCACUUCUGGAACACCACCUCGGGCGCUCGCGUCAACAGCAUCGACACUGGCUCUCAGGUUACCAGCCUCCGGUGGAGCACCAGUUACCGUGAGAUCGUCAGCGCCAGUGGCUUCCCUGACAACUCUCUCAGCAUCUGGAGCUACCCUACCCUGGUCCGCAACGUCGAGAUUCCCGCCCACGAGAGCCGUGUGCUUCACAGCUGCCUCAGCCCCGACGGCCAGAUGCUCGCCACUGCCGCUGCCGACGAGAGCUUGAAGUUCUGGAAGGUCUUUGAGAAGAAGGCCGGGACUGCUUCUGCCGUGGGUGCCAGUGGUUCGUCCGCCAAGGCCCAGAUGGCCAAGCAGAUGACCAUCCGCUAAGGCACCAAUCGCAUUCACGACUCUUCGUGAGAUCACUAUCAACAACAGUAGGUAUCACAUCUCUCAGGCAUCCUGGACUGCGCAUUGGUGCUUUUGAGCGAGGCGUUGGAAAAUCUUAUGGUCCCACGAGAAUGAAGCGCUCACCCUGGGUACAAACGUUAUGACUUGCAUUGUUGAAAAUGCCGCCAUGCAUAGCGAGGCAUGGCGGACGACUGUGUUUUACUAGCUCGGCGUUCUUUGGAUUCUGGCAGCGGGUCGUAGCGAGGAAUGUCGGGUUGUCCAGCAGAAUGGAGUAUCUCCAACUCGCAACAACUUGGCACAUAUCUUGUUUCGCAGUAAUACAAAUUUGCAAUUGUCUUUUUACCGCUCUAAGAUCUCCUUGGGAUGUGCAUGAAUGAAUGGCUGACUUGCC